UCGGGAGCCGAGAGGAGAAGUGCGCACUUCUGUCUCUCUCACUCACACACACACACACACACACACACACACACACCGAGUGAACACACACUAAACUUUCAGAUUUUGGACAUUUUUUCCGUCGGAUUGUUUUAGCUUUAGUCACGAAAGCAGUGCUCGGUCACGAUGAGCGCACACGGAACACCGUCCUCGCGCUUUCCCACCAUCUCGCGCGGACCGAGUUUGCGCAUCAACGAACAGAUGUUCAUGACCGGGAAUGGAUACCAGUCGGACCUGAGUGAGAACACCAUGCACCAGCGCUACAGUGGUAACACUUACAGCAUAAAGAGUCAGGGAAGCAUGAUGCCCUUGCAGCAGAAUAGCCAGAUGGUUUAUAAUCGGUGCAUGCACAACCUCGAAAAGGCCCAAAUGCAACUGGACCAAGGAGGAUCUCGGAAUGAAUUUGAUCAAAUGAUGCUGAGGGCUGAAGCAGACAUCAAGCAACUUCAUCAGUUUGCAGUGGAAGGGAAGAGCUUCGGCCAGUCCAGUGAAAUCAUCAGAGGUCUGGAUGAAUGCAAAGCAUUUUACUCAGAUCUUGCAACCAGUGCGGGAAGAACUACUGUGCACCAAAACCGUGGCAGCACAAGCAGAGAGGAAUACAGUAUCAGCUUAAUUGACGCCUACGCCUGGAUCAACCAACAAAAACGUCUGAUUGAGACAGCACUGUUUGGUGAUGACUGUGAGACCAUCGAGAAGCAGCUCUCAAACCACACCAGGUUCCACAACUCCAUCCAGAGGAGUGCAGAAGUGCAGAGAGCCAGAGAUGAACUGGUGCAGAUAGGAGAUAAAGCAAAUAUGCACUCUCUGGAUCAUGAAUGGGAAACAUUACAGAAAAUGUCUCAUGCUCGAAUGACUCAGCUGCGUGACAUGCAGAGCAUCAUCUCCGACAUCUCUCAGGCCAUCAUGUGGGUAAACGAGAGAGAGGAGGAGGAGCUGAUGUUUGACUGGGGGGACAAAAACAUUGACACUUACAUCCCCAAGAAGCAGGAAAGCUACUCGAGGCUGAUGAGUGAGCUGGAGGGGAAAGAGAAGGAGCUGAACAAGUUAAAAUCCAGAGUGGAUCAGCUGCUGAAGAGCAAUCACCCUGCAUCAGAUAAAAUCGAAGCCUAUAUGGAGACACUGCAGACUCAAUGGAGCUGGAUGCUGCAGAUCACAAACUGCAUCGACACUCACCUAAAGGAAAAUGCCGCCUACAUCCAGUUCUUUAAGGAGGCAAAUGAGACGUACACCAAACUUCAAAAAGAUGACGAGAACAUUCGUCAAAAAUUCACUUGUAAUAAAACUACACAUCUGGACACUCUGACAGAACUGUUAAAAAACCUGGAGAAGGAGAAGGAGAGGCUGAUGGAGAAUAAGAGACAGGUACAGACAUUGGUGAACAAGUCGAAGAACAUUGUGUGUCUGAAACCUCGAAACCCAGAACAUACGUCCAGCAACAGAGUGGUAGUAAAGGCACUGUGUGACUUUAAACAGGACCAGAGGGGUAUUCUGAAGGGAAACGAGGCUAUACUAAGUGAUAACUCUGAGCGCACUAAAUGGGAGGUGAUCGGUCCUGGAGGGUUGAUGAUGUCCAUCCCUUCUGUCUGCCUCAUCAUCCCUCCACCAAACCCACUGUGUGUUGACCUGGCCAACAAGAAUGAGAAGUAUUAUGAAGCCGUCUUGAGUAUCUGGAACCAACUGUUCAUUAACAUCAAGAGCCUAAUCUCCUGGCAGUACUGUCUGAGAGACAUCAACAAGAUCAACUCCCUCACUAUCAGCAUGUUGUCUCAGAUGAAGCCUGAGGAGUACCGGAACAUCAUUAAGAGUCUGGAGCAUCACUAUGAGGAGUUUCGGCGUCUCAGUCAACAGUCCAACAUGUUUGAAGAAGCAGACCAAAGGAAGAUAGCGGCAGAAUACAGCGGUGCACAGACAUAUUACGACACCAUCAUCACCCAAAUACAGCCUGGCAUCACUAUAGUGAAGCCUCCAGUUAAAGUGGAGGAGGUGAAGGUAGUGAAGACAGUGAACAUUACUGAGGUCGACGCAGCCAAAAAGUCAACACUAACAUCCAAACCAGCACAAAACCUGCUCACAAUCACACACACACUGCGGCGCAGACUGGAGGCAGCAGAGAGCGGCCUGAGCCAAAACCUCCAUGUCCCACUGAGAGACAACAGUGUACAAGAGUGUACACAGAGACUGCAGCUAUUGCAGGGUGUUCACCAUGACCUGGGCUCGAUCCGUGAUGAGUAUCUGCAUCUGAGAGAGUUGGUGAUGAAGCAGGAAGCAAACGCUGACCCAGAACAGGCGAAAUUCCUCAGAACUGAACUUGAUCUCAUAAACCAGAAACUGAGCAGCUUACAGAGUUAUUCCAAGUCUUAUCUACAGAGGCUCACUGCUCUGAGAGCUCUCCUGCAGAACAUCACUCGUGCUGAAGACAUUAUUAAAGUUCACGAAGCUCGACUGACCGAGAAAGAGACAAGCUCUCUGGACCAGGGUGAACUGCAGGACUAUCGUAAAACACUCAAGAACAUGAAGGUCGAUCUGGACCAGAAAAAGGAGGUACUGGGUGCAUUAGAGGUGGACCUGGAUCAGGCUUUUCACUGGAAUGGACAAAUUGAUCAGAACUUUCACCAGUGUGACGUGGACUUGACCAAGUUCUCAGAUUUAGUGAAGCAAAUGAACAAUCGCUGGAACCGAAUCACCUCUCAGAUCAACACCAGGCUGGGUGAUCUGGAGACACAGGAGAAGCAGAUCAAUCAGUAUAAACAGAACAGUUCAAACAUCAACCAGUGGAUUGACCAAACAAAUCAUCAACUGGACAAACUGCAGAACUACAAACUGAGCACAAUGCAGGACCUGAGUGACCAUGUGAACCAACACAAGACGCUGCACUCUGAGAUCAAGGGGAAAAAGGACAAAGUUGAUGACGUGCAGAAGGAUGCAAACACCUGUGCUGCUUCCAUAAAGGAUUAUGAGCUGGAGUUGGCGUCAUACAGCGCUGGUUUGGAGACACUGCUGAACAUUCCCAUCAAGAGGACCAUGCUGCAGUCUCCAGCGACGGUCCUGAGCCAAGAGGCUGCGGAUGUUCAGUCUCAUUAUAUCGAGCUGCUGACUCGCUCGACAGAUUACUACAAGUUCCUCACUGAGAUGCAGAAGAACAUGGAGGAGCUAAAGAUACGAAACACUCGAAUCGACCUUCUGGAGGAAGAACUAAGGCGUCUGAAGGAUGAACUGCAGGAUCGCACACAGAAGAACAGAUCCCUGGAGGAAAUCUUGGCCCGUUACAAACUAGAACUCUCCCAGUCUAAGGAACAGUUAAUUUCUAUGGAGGAAGUUAAGAGCACUGAGGUCAUGAGGUAUCAUGCAGCUAAGGAGAACCUGGACACCACUCAGUAUCAGCUAAAAGACCUAAAUGACCAGGUGGCACGGCUUACUCUGCUUAUUGAGGAGGAGAAACGUAAGAGAAGGCUGGCUGAGGAGCGUUAUACCAGCCAACAACAGGAGUACGAGGUGGCCAUCCGCAAGAGAGAGAAAGAGCUGGAUGAACUUAACUGGUCCAAAAUUGACUUUGAGAAGUCCAUCAAGGACAAGGAGCGGGAGAUUGAACGUCUGAAGAUGCAGUUGGAGGACGAGGCCUCUCGACGCCGAUCAGCGGAAUCUGAAACUGCUAAGGUAAGAAACCAGUUCAACCAGGAGAUGAGUACACUAAAACAAACGUAUGAGUCUGAGAUCCACAUCACAAAAACCACUGUGAUAAAGGACAUGCAGCAAAAGGAGGAGGACUCUGCUGCCCUGAAGCUGCAGCUGGAGAGGCUUGUGGAUGAGAAAAAGGAUUUUGAAGAGGAGCUCAGGCGGCUUCAUUUGUCCAUCAGCCAAAUGGAAGAAGCAAGGAAGAGAGCUGAGCAAGAAACACACCAACAAAGAUCCUUAGGAACAGAGGAGACCAGAAGGCGAAAGGAACUAGAGAUAAAUGUUCAAACAAUCACAAGACAGAGGACUGAUCUUGAGAAGAGGUACAAUGAAGAACUUGCACAGGCCAACAACAAAGUGCAAGAAAAGGUUCGUCAGAUUUCGGUCCUCACUCAGAACCUGGAUGAUGAGACCCGAAAGAGAAGAGCUCUGGAACAAGAGAAUCAAAGAUUACGGCAGUCAGAGGCAGACAUGUUGGCCAAGCACUCUUCCUCGCUGGAACUUAUCAACAAGCUAAAAAUCACAGAGAAAGAGACAAACCUUAUUCGUGUCGAGCUGGAGAAGCAAGCAAGUGAAAAAGGAAAAGUGGAGCAAAGUGCUUCCAGGAUGCAGACUCGCAUUAUAAAUUUGCAGACCAUGAUAGAAAACCUCGAGGCUGAGCUGGAGAAAGAGAAAAAAGGCAGCCAGGAUGAACUUACAAGGAGGAAGAGGAUAGAGGUUGAACUGGAAAGAGUGAAUCAGUUGUGUAGAGAGUACACAACUACCAUUAACACUCUCCAUUCUCAUAAGGAAGAGGAGAAUGCCACCAACCGAAGACAUGAACAGGACCUUCGCUGUGUCCAGGAGGAGCUGGACAGAUGUCGGAAGGAACACACUAUAACUUCUGAGAAUCUCUCCAGGCUAACCACCGAGCUGAAGGCCUUGCAACAACAGCUGACUCAAGAGCAGGCCCGUGUCCGGGAGGUCAGCCUACGCAAUGAGAGUCUGUACAAGACUAUAGAGGAGAAAAGCAGAGUGUUAAAUGAAAGCAUGUCAGAAACUGAGAAACUCAAGAGUCUUACUCAGAACCUUACCAAGGAAAGGCUGAGGCUAGAGGAGGAGCUAAGGAGUGUACGCCAGGAACGGGAUGAUUUACGCAACAACAAAAACAGCAACGAAAGUGAAUAUAUGUCCCAACUGUCAGCCAUACAGCUCCAGCUUCAGAGCUCAAAUAAGAGAAGCCUAGAACUCCAAGGCCACAUUAGUGAGCUGACAAAAGAGAGGGAAAAUUUAAACAAGGAAAUAGGCAAAAUCCAAAAGCAAUAUACGGAGACAUCUCUGAUAAUCCAUGAGUCUCAGACACACUACAAGGAAAUUCUACAAGAGAGGGAUAGUCUCCUGGCCAAGCUUAAGUUGCUGGAAAUGGACAAAGUGAAGCAGCAGCGCUCUGAAGAAGAGCUGAGCCGUAUCAGGCUGUCAAUAGAAUCAGAGCUACGUCAGAAGCAGCGCCUUCAGGAAGAGAUGGACAAAAUCCGCAAAGAUUUUAACUACUGGAAAAGCCAAUAUGAGAUAAAGGAAGGUCAGGUUAAACAGUGCCAGGCAGAUAAAGACAAGGCAGAGAGAGACAGGGCUUCACUGCACAGUGAGAUAACAAAACUGACCACUGAACUCAGAAGUGUGGAGGAACGCUACCGGAGCCGGCUACAACGCUCAGAGAUUGAAGUGUCUGAACUCACCCGCAAGCGAGAGGCUCUGGAACUGGAGCUGAGGAAGCUGCAACAACGUCCAAGUGCUUUAGCUAAACAGACUCAGACAGAUGAGAAGGUGGUCACAAUUGACCCAUCAAAAUUGGUUUUUGAUGGCAUUCGCAGAAAGGUCACAGCUCACCAGCUGUGUGACUGUGGUAUCAUUGAUAAAUCUACCCUUGAUAAGCUGUUGAAGGGCCAGAUCACAGUGUCAGAUGUUUCGGUGGGAAUUCAGCCCGGUCUUAAGGGUACAGGGGUUAUCGCAGGUGUUCAGAAAGAUUCCCAAGGCAGAAUGCCAAUCUCAGAAGCUAAAAGUAAGAACCUGCUUAGUCCACAGAGUGCCAUAAUGUUACUGGAAGCUCAAGCUGCCACUGGCUACAUGAUUGAUCCAAAGUUUAAUGAGAAGAUGCCAGUAGAUACAGCCUGCUCAAGAGGUAUUGUUGAUACAGAGGACAGGGACGUCCUUAUUACAGCUGAAGCAGCUUGCACAGGGUUCAAGGAUCCAUUCACAGGGAAACUAUUGUCCAUUGGACAGGCAUGCAAGAAAGGUCGACUUGACAAGGAAAAGGCCAUUCAACUGCUCCAAGCCCAAGAAGCAGUGGGAGGUAUAAUUGACCCUGUGAUAAGUGUGUUUCUACCCAAAGAUGUUGCCUUAGACCGUGGCUUGAUUGAUGAAGAGCUCUAUCGUGCACUGAACAAAAAGCCAGCUUGUUAUAUUGAUCCAGCAACUGCAGAGAAGAUCAGCUACAGUGAUUUGAGGAGGAAGUGUAUCACAGAACCUGCAAAUGGCCUUCUUCUUCUCUCUGUAAACAAUUGUGACAACUCGGAUUUUGUCCAGGGAAUCCGUGGCCAAGUCUCACUCACUGAGCUUGUAAAUUCCAGCCUAAUAACAGAGGGAGAUGUGGACAAGGUGAAACGAGGCCAGCUCACAACUAAGGAUAUUGAAAGUAAGCUGAAGAUGUACCUAUCUGGCUCUGGCUGCAUUGCUGGCAUUUAUGAUGAGGCUAAGGAUAGAGUCCUGCCUUUCUACCAGGCCAUGAAAGAAAAUCUUCUCCGUCCGGGAACAACGUUGGAGCUUCUGGAAGCCCAGGCAGCAUCAGGCUUUAUGAUUGAUCCAGUCAAUAAUGUCUACCUGACGGUGGAGGAAGCAUGGAAGAGAGGCCUAGUGGGUAAAGAAUUUAAAGAUAAACUCAUGUCUGCUGAGAAGGCUGUGACUGGAUACCGCGAUCCCAAUACAGGGCAACUCAUCUCACUCUUUCAAGCUAUUGAGAAAGAGAUUAUUGAAAAGGGGCAUGGAGUUAGGCUUCUGGAGGCUCAGAUAGCCAGCGGUGGCAUCAUCGAUCCUAAAGAGAGCCAUCGCAUUGAUGUGGAAGUGGCUUACCGAAGAGGUUACUUUGACCGUGAGAUGAACGAAAUACUGACAUAUGAAGGUGAUGAUACAAAGGGCUUCUUCGACCCAAACACUCAUGAAAAUCUGACCUAUCUGCAGCUUCAGAAGAGAUGUAUUAAGGACCCUGGGACUGGUUUGCUUUUGCUGCCUCUGAAGGACAAAAACAAGCAGAAGCAGCAGUCAAGUCAAAAAAACACUCUUCGCAAAAGGAGAGUAGUGAUCGUAGACCCUGACACAGGCAAAGAAAUGUCUGUUCGUGAGGCUUAUCACAGAGAGCUGAUUGACUAUGACACAUUUCUGAAUCUUUCGGAACAAGAGUGUGAGUGGGAAGAGAUCACCAUCACAGAUUCAGCUGGCAAGACUCGACUCGUUAUUGUUGACCGUAAAACAGGUACACAGUAUGAUGUCCAGGACUCCCUGGACAAGGGCCUUAUUAAGAAAAGUGCCUUAGACCAGUACCGCUCAGGAUCUCUCACGCUCACCCAGUUUGCUAAUCUCUUUUCAAGCAGAGGAACAGGCACUGAGCUUUCCAUUUGUACCAGCAUUCCAGAAGAUGUUACAACCUGCAGUAGCCCCACUGAAGUUACACCAUCUUCUCCAACUGUCCGCAAACGCUUUGCUAGUGUUUCCAUUACUCUCUCCCCUCCUUGUGAUAUACUGGACGACCAAAGCCCAGUGGCAGCAAUCUUUGACACUGAAACCUUGGAGAAGAUCACAAUAGCCGAAGCUCUGCGUCGUGGAAUAGUCGACACCAUCACUGCGCAGCGGCUCCUGGAGGCGCAAGCAUGCACUGGAGGCAUCAUAAACCCUGCCAAUGGCAAAAGGCUCUCUCUGCAAGAUGCUGUGCAUCAUAGCAUCAUUGAUGAGGACAUGGCCAACAAGCUCAAACCAGCUCAAAAAGCUUACCUUGGAUAUGAGGACAUGAAGACCAAAAGGAGAAUGUCUGCUGCAGAGGCCAUUAAAGAGAAAUGGUUGCCAUAUGAGGCUGGGCAGAGGUUCCUGGAAUUCCAGUACCUGACUGGAGGACUGCUGGAACCUGAAAGUGGUAAGCGAAUCAGCAUCGAAGAAGCCAUACGAAGAGGAUGGCUGGAUGGUAAAGGAGCCCAGAAGCUGCAGGACACCAGGAACUACUUGAAGAGCCUCACCUGCCCUAAAACUAAGUUGAAGAUUUCAUACAAAGAGGCAAUGGACAACUGCAUGGUGGAAGAGAACAAUGGCCUGAAGAUGCUCCAAGCCACAUCUAUGUCCACCAAGGGUAUCAGUAGCCCAUAUAACAUCUCCUCUGGACCCAACUCCCGCUCUGGAUCUAGAGCCGGGUCCCGGGGAAGCUCCAAGAGUGGAUCCCGCCGAGGCAGUGUGGAUUACUCCACCUCUACUUAUGCUUACAGCUCCUCCACCACUAGCUCUUUUACAUCCUUCCCUUAAUGUUUUCAUACAUGUGUCUGUUAGAGCUAAUACUUUUUUCAUACACAACUGCUCAUUUUUCAUAUAUAUAUCAAAAUCUAUUAGAAUUAACGAGGGUUUGGGAAUAUUAUACAUGACUCAUACGGGUGAUGGAUUUUCACUUACUUUAUCAGCUUUAUUUGGGUGCCUCUGAUCAUUUAAAUUGUCAUUUUUAGGUGCUUGUUUAUCUGUCCUGCAUUUAUCAGUAGAUCCUUACACUGUGUUUAGGGGUGUGAUUAAACAUUAAAAUUCACAUGUAUUGAAAUAUCUACACAAAUGUUUUAUUUUCAUAGUUAUUUGGAAUUAAAUUGAACAGUUUUACAGAAUUAAAUUGAUAAUGCAGACAUUUCUAAAACCAGAGAAAUAAAUUAGAGUAACUAUAUUAUUAGAGUUAAUAAGAGCAUAUCAUUUUAUAAAAUGUAAAAAAAAAUGUCAAAACACUGUACUAACAAAAGAUGGCAAAUGAUAAAUAAACUAAUUUUCCACUUUGGGUAA